UUCCGAGAGUGCUGACACUUCCCAGUACGGUCUUCAGCAGGGAACUGGCGCUUGCAGACAGAAGCAAGCUCUGCUCUGGAUUGCUUCCUUGUAGAAUAGGAGGAUGUGGGAGGUCCUGAUGGCCCAGCUCUGGAGGCGACCCUGCAGUGUGGAGUGACAGGAAGCAGGGGGAAGGCAUGCUGGUUAGGACACCGCAUGGUGUGACUCUUCUCGCCGUGUGCUCCAGGAAGCAAGUGCCCGAGAUCCCCUGUCUGCAGAUUCAUGCCAGCCCAGCACCCGGAGGCAGGAACAGAAGUGUGUUCCACCCACCAGCCAAGAUGAACAUGGUGAAGAGGAUCAUGGGACGGCCUCGGCAGGAGGAGUGCAGCCCGCAGGACAAUGCCUUGGGCCUCAUGCACCUCCGCCGGCUCUUCACCGAACUGUGCCAUCCUCCGAGGCACAUGACCCAGAAAGAGCAGGAGGAAAAGCUCUACAUGAUGCUGCCAGUGUUUAACAGGGUUUUUGGAAAUGCUCCACCAAAUACAAUGACAGAAAAAUUUUCUGACCUUCUGCAGUUCACGACGCAAGUCUCCCGACUAAUGGUGACGGAGAUUCGGAGGAGAGCUUCAAACAAAUCGACAGAGGCUGCAAGUCGGGCCAUCGUCCAGUUCCUGGAGAUCAAUCAGAGCGAAGAAGCCAGCAGAGGCUGGAUGCUCCUUACAACAAUCAACCUGCUGGCAUCCUCCGGUCAGAAAACCGUGGACUGCAUGACGACGAUGUCAGUGCCUUCCACCCUGGUUAAAUGUCUGUACCUGUUCUUUGACCUUCCGCACGUGCCUGAGGCUGGGGGAGGUGCACAGAGCGAGCUCCCUCUGGCCGAGCGCCGAGGGCUGCUCCAGAAAGUCUUCGUCCAGAUCUUGGUAAAACUCUGCAGUUUCGUUUCUCCGGCGGAGGAGCUGGCCCAGAAGGACGACCUGCAGCUUUUAUUCAGUGCAAUAACCUCUUGGUGCCCUCCCUAUAACCUGCCGUGGAGGAAGAGCGCCGGGGAGGUGCUCAUGACCAUCUCCCGCCACGGGCUGAGCGUCAACGUGGUGAAGUACAUCCAUGAAAAAGAAUGUUUGUCUACGUGUGUUCAGAAUAUGCAGCAGUCGGACGACCUGUCUCCCCUCGAAAUUGUUGAAAUGUUUGCCGGGCUUUCUUGUUUCCUCAAAGACUCCAGCGAUGUUUCCCAAACACUUCUGGAUGACUUUCGGAUAUGGCAAGGAUAUAAUUUUCUUUGUGACCUCUUGCUCAGGUUGGAGCAAGCGAAAGAGGCAGACUGCAGGGAUGCCCUGAAGGACCUGGUGAAUCUGGUAACGUCCCUGACCACGUAUGGGGUCAGCGAGCUGAAGCCAGCUGGUGUCAGCACAGGAGCCCCCUUCCUGCUGCCUGGGUUUGCCGUGCCCCAGCCAGCAGGGAAAGGUCACAGUGUGAGAAACAUCCAGGCCUUUGCAGUUCUUCAGAAUGCGUUCUUAAAAGCAAAAACCAGCUUCCUUGCCCAAAUCAUCCUUGAUGCCAUCACGAAUAUUUACAUGGCUGACAAUGCCAAUUACUUCAUCCUGGAGUCCCAGCACACCCUGUCACAGUUUGCAGAGAAGAUCUCCAAACUCCCGGAAGUACAGAACAAAUACUUCGAGAUGCUGGAGUUUGUCGUCUUUAGCUUAAAUUAUAUCCCUUGUAAAGAACUCAUCAGUGUGAGUAUCCUGUUAAAGUCCAGCUAUUCUUACCACUGUAGCAUCAUUGCAAUGAAAACCCUUCUGAAGUUUACAAGACACGACUACAUUUUUAAAGAUGUCUUCAGAGAGGUGGGCCUUCUGGAGGUCAUGGUGAACCUGCUGCAUAAGUAUGCCGCCCUCCUGAAGGACCCAGCUCAGGCCCUCAGUGAGCAAGGGGACUCAAGAAACAAUAGCUCAGUCGAAGACCAAAAACACUUGGCACUGUUGGUGAUGGAAGCCUUGACCGUGCUGCUUCAAGGGUCAAACACAAAUGCAGGGAUAUUCCGAGAGUUUGGUGGUGCGAGAUGCGCGCACAACAUAGUGAAGUACCCGCAGUGCCGGCAGCACGCCCUCAUGACCAUCCAGCAGCUGGUGCUCUCCCCGAACGGCGACGACGACAUGGGCACGCUCCUGGGGCUGAUGCACUCGGCGCCUCCCACAGAGCUACAGCUGAAGACUGACAUCCUAAGGGCCCUCCUGUCAGUCCUUCGAGAAAGCCACCGCUCAAGAACGGUUUUUAGGAAAGUUGGAGGAUUCGUGUACAUCACGUCCUUGCUCGUGGCUAUGGAAAGGUCUUUGAGCUCUCCUCCCAAGAACGGCUGGGAGAAGGUGAGCCAAGGGCAGGUGUUUGAGCUCCUGCACACCGUCUUCUGCACACUGACUGCGGCCCUGCGCUACGAGCCAGCCAACUCGCACUUCUUCAAGACCGAGAUCCAGUACGAGAAGCUGGCCGACGCGGUCCGAUUUCUUGGCUGCUUCUCAGACCUCAGGGAAAUCAGUGCCAUGAACGUCUUCCCCUCACACACACAGCCUUUUCAGAGACUGCUGGAGGACGGCGUGGUGGCCACAGACUCGGUGGCCCCCGCCCUGCGGCACUGCAGUAAACUCUUCACCUAUCUCUACAAAGUGGCCACGGAUUCUUUCGACAGUCGUGCAGAGCAGAUCCCUCCUUGCCUGACAAGCGAGUCUUCUCUCCCCUCUCCUUGGGGGACGCCAGCUUUGUCCAGGAAAAGGCAUGCAUUUCAUUGUGUUUCAACUCCCCCCGUAUACCCUGCAAAAAGUGUCUCGGACCUCAAACCUCACGUGACAAGCUCACCGCUACAGAGUUCUGACGCUGUCAUCAUCCACCCUGGAGCCAUGCUGGCCAUGCUGGACCUCCUGGCCUCUGUGGGCUCGGUGGCACAGCCGGAACACGCUUUGGACCUUCAACUUGCCGUGGCCAAUGUUUUGCAAUCGCUGGUGCACACAGAGAGAAACCAGCAAGUCAUGUGUGAAGCUGGUCUUCACGCACGGCUGCUGCAGAGGUGCAGCGCUGCCCUGGCCGACGAGGACCACGCCCUGCACCCGCCCCUGCAGCGUAUGUUUGAACGCUUGGCCUCCCAGGCCUUGGAGCCCAUGGUGCUGAGGGAGUUUCUGCGUUUGGCAAGCCCUUUGAACUGUGGUGCCUGGGACAAAAAACUGCUGAAACAAUACAGGGUUCACAAACCAAGCUCGCUGAGCUAUGAACCGGAGAUGAGAAGCAGUGUGACCACCUCUCUGGAAGGUCUGGGUUCCGACAACGUCUUCAGCUCACAUGAAGAUAACCAUUACCGGAUAAGCAAAAGUCUGGUCAAGUCUGCAGAAGGAAGCACUGUGCCCUUGACCAGGGUGAAAUGUCUUGUCUCCAUGACAACCCCUCAUGACAUCAGACUUCAUGGUUCAUCUGUUACUCCAGCUUUUGUUGAAUUUGACACAUCCCUUGAAGGCUUUGGCUGCCUGUUUCUGCCCAGCUUGGCUCCCCAUAACGCCCCCACCAACAAUGCUGUCACGACAGGUCUUACUGAUGGGGCCGUGGUCAGUGGCAUUGGUUCCGGUGAGCGGUUCUUUCCUCCUCCUUCGGGUCUAAGCUAUUCCUGCUGGUUCUGCAUCGAGCACUUCAGUUCCCCCCCAAACAACCACCCCGUCAGGCUGCUCACUGUUGUGCGGCGAGCAAAUUCUUCUGAGCAGCAUUAUGUGUGCCUUGCCAUAGUCCUAUCUGCAAAGGACCGGUCCUUGAUUGUUUCCACGAAGGAGGAGCUGCUCCAAAGUUACGCUGAUGACUUCAGCGAGGAGUCCUCCUUCUACGAGAUCCUCCCGUGCUGUGCCCGCUUCCGCUGUGGGGACCUGAUCGUGGAAGGACAGUGGCACCACCUGGUUCUGCUCAUGAGCAAGGGCAUGCUGAAGAACAGCACUGCGGCCCUCUAUGUGGACGGGCAGCUGGUCAACACUGUGAAGCUGCAUUAUGUCCACAGCACCCCUGGGGGCUCCGGCUCCGCAAACCCCCCAGUGCUGAGCACAGUCUACGCCUACGCCGGAACCCCGCCCGCGCAGCGCCAGAUCGCUUCCUUGGUUUGGCGCCUGGGACCCACUCACUUCCUAGAAGAAGUUUUACCUCCUUCCAGCGUUACGACGAUUUAUGAACUUGGACCAAAUUACGUUGGAAGUUUUCAGGCCGUCUGCACGCCGUGCAAAGACGCAAAGUCUGAAGGUGUCAUCCCAUCCCCUGUCUCGCUGGUUGCAGAGGAGAAGGUGUCCUUUGGCCUAUACGCGCUCUCCGUGUCCUCCCUAACGGUGGCAAGAAUCCGGAAGGUCUAUAACAAGCUAGACAGCAAAGCGAUUGCUAAGCAGUUAGGCAUUUCCUCCCACGAGAACGCCACGCCCGUGAAGCUGGUGCACAACGCAGCAGGCCAUCUCAACGGGCCGGCACGCACGAUCGGGGCUGCUCUCAUUGGCUACCUGGGGGUAAGAACAUUUGUCCCCAAGCCUGUUGCCACCACUUUGCAGUACAUUGGAGGAGCUGCAGCCAUCCUGGGCCUCGUGGCCAUGGCCUCUGAUGUGGAAGGGCUGUAUGCAGCAGUCAAGGCUCUGGUUUGUGUGGUCAAGAGCAACCCACUAGCCAGUAAGGAAAUGGAAAGAAUCAAGGGAUACCAGCUGCUGGCAAUGCUGCUUAAGAAGAAACGCUCCCUUCUCAACAGCCACAUCCUCCACCUGACCUUCUCCUUGGUGGGGACGGUUGACAGCGGCCACGAGACGUCCAUCAUCCCCAACUCCACCGCUUUCCAGGACCUGCUUUGUGACUUUGAAGUCUGGCUUCACGCGCCCUAUGAACUUCAUCUGUCUCUGUUCGAACACUUCAUUGAGCUGCUUACAGAGUCCAGCGAGGCUUCCAAGAACGCCAAGCUAAUGCGGGAGUUCCAGCUGAUCCCCAAGCUGCUGCUCACUCUGCGAGACGCAUCCCUGUCGCAGCCCACCAUCGCGGCCAUCAGUAACGUGCUGAGCUUCCUGCUGCAGGGCUUCCCCAACAGCAAUGACCUUCUCAGGUUUGGCCAGUUCAUUUCUUCUACUCUGCCAACAUUUGCAGUUUGUGAGAAAUUUGUGGUGAUGGAAAUAAAUAAUGAAGAGAAACCUGACAGUGGUGAGUUGCCCAAAGGGGCGGAGGAGGAGUUCGGCGGUCUCGCCUCUGCUAAUCUCAUACUUCUGAGGAACAGACUGCUCGGCAUCUUGCUAAAGCUGGUCUAUACAUCUAAAGAAAAGACGAGCAUUAACCUGCAGGCCUGUGAAGAGCUGGUGCGGACGCUGGGCUUCGACUGGAUUGUGAUGUUCAUGGAGGAGCACCUGCACCCCACCACGGUGACGGCCGCCAUGCGGAUCCUCGUGGUGCUGCUGAGUAACCCAUCAGUCCUGCUCAAGUUCAAGGAGGGGUUGAGCGGCGGAGGGUGGCUGGAGCAGACAGACUCUGUCCUGACGAACAAGAUCGGAACCGUGUUAGGAUUCAACGUGGGCAGGAGCGCCGGCGGGAGAAGCACGGUCAGGGAGAUUAACCGGGACGCCUGCCACUUUCCCGGCUUCCUGGUUCUCCAGUCUUUCCUCCCUAAGCACACGAAUGUCCCUGCCCUCUAUUUCCUCCUCAUGGCCUUGUUUCUGCAACAGCCAGUGAGCGAGCUGCCCGAGAACCUGCAGGUCAGUGUGCCUGUGGCCAGCAGCCGGUGUAAGCAGGGUUGCCAGUUUGAUUUGGAUUCCAUCUGGACCUUCAUCUUCGGCGUCCCUGCCUCCAGUGGAACGGUGGUCUCCUCCAUCCACAAUGUGUGCACAGAAUCCGCCUUCCUACUGCUGGCAAUGCUGCGCACCAUGCUGAAUUCACCAUGGCAGUCAGAAGAAGAGGGCUCAUGGCUCCGAGAGUAUCCAGUGACUCUGAUGCAGUUCUUCAGAUACUUGUAUCAUAACGUUCCAGAUCUGGCCUCCAUGUGGAUGAGCCCUGACUUCCUGUGUGCCUUAGCAGCCACCGUCUUCCCCUUCAACAUCCGCCCGUACUCAGAGAUGGUGACAGAUCUGGAUGAUGAGGUCGGGUCUCCAGCAGAAGAGUUUAAAGCAUUUGCCGCAGACACAGGGAUGAACAGGAGCCAGUCGGAGUACUGCAACGUGGGCACCAAGACCUACCUGACCAAUCACCCGGCUAAAAAGUUUGUCUUUGACUUCAUGCGAGUCUUGAUCAUUGACAACCUCUCUCUGACCCCUGCCAGCAAGCAGACUCCACUAAUUGAUCUGCUGUUGGAGGCUUCCCCUGAAAGAUCUACAAGAACUCAGCAGAAGGAAUUCCAGACGCACAUUUUGGACAGCGUGAUGGACCAUUUGCUUGCAGCUGAUGUGUUGUUGGGGGAAGAUGCAUCUCUGCCUAUUACCAGUGGAGGAAGCUAUCAGGUGUUGGUGAACAACGUGUUUUACUUCACACAACGUGUGGUGGACAAGCUUUGGCAAGGCAUGUUCAACAAAGAAUCUAAACUUCUUAUAGAUUUUAUAAUUCAACUCAUUGCACAGUCAAAGAGAAGAUCGCAGGGAUUGUCGCUGGAUGCCGUUUAUCACUGCCUCAAUAGGACCAUCCUGUACCAGUUCUCACGGGCACACAAAACUGUCCCUCAGCAAGUAGCUCUCCUUGACUCUCUCAGGGUUCUUACUGUAAACCGGAACUUAAUCUUGGGACCUGGGAACCAUGACCAAGAAUUCAUUAGCUGUCUUGCUCACUGCCUGAUUAAUCUACAUGUUGGAAGCAACGUGGAAGGCUUCGGGCUGGAAGCAGAAGCGCGCAUGACCACGUGGCACAUCAUGAUUCCCUCAGACAUUGAGCCAGACGGCGGCUACAGCCAGGACAUCAGCGAAGGGCGGCAGCUUCUCAUUAAAGCUGUCAACAGAGUGUGGACGGAGCUGAUCCACAGUAAGAAGCAAGUCCUGGAGGAGCUGUUCAAAGUCAGCCUGCCAGUGAACGACAGGGGCCACGUGGACAUAGCCAUGGCACGGCCGCUCAUCGAAGAGGCCGGGCUGAAAUGCUGGCAGAAUCAUUUGGCCCACGAAAAGAAAUGCAUAAGCCGAGGAGAAGCCUUGGUGCCUACCACACAGUCCAAGCUGUCCCGGGUCAGCAGCGGCUUCGGCCUUUCCAAGCUAACGGGAUCAAGAAGGAAUCGAAAGGAAAGCGGCCUUCACAAGCACAGUCCUUCCACCCAGGAGAUCUCCCAGUGGAUGUUCACACACAUUGCCGUUGUGCGGGACCUCGUGGACACGCAGUACAAGGAGUACCAGGAGCGUCAGCAGAACGCUCUCAAGUACGUGACUGAGGAAUGGUGCCAGAUCGAGGGUGAGCUGCUGCGGGAGCGAGGCCUGUGGGGCCCCCCCAUCGGCUCGCACCUAGACAAGUGGAUGCUGGAGAUGACGGAGGGGCCCUGCAGGAUGAGGAAGAAGAUGGUGCGCAACGACACGUUCUACAACCACUAUCCUUACGUGCCGGAAACCGAGCAGGAAGCCAACGUGGCGUCUGAGGCCCCAAGUAGACAGCCCGAGACUCCCGAUGAGGCCAUUGCUCAGAAGAAGCCUGCGCGGUACAGGAGAGCUAUAAGCUAUGACAGUAAAGAGUACUACAUGCGCCUGGCCUCUGGCAACCCAGCCAUCGUCCAGGAUGCUAUUGUAGAGAGUUCAGAGGGCGAAGCCACCCAGCAAGAACCAGAGCAUGGAGAAGACACCAUUGCCAAGGUCAAAGGCCUGGUGAAGCCUCCCCUGAAGCGCUCUCGCUCUGCGCCUGAUGGCGGAGAUGAGGAGACCCAGGAGCAGCUACAAGACCAGAUUGCCGAGAGCGGCUCCGUGGAGGAGGAGGAGAAGACAGACAAUGCCACUUUGCUGCGCCUGCUGGAGGAAGGAGAGAAGAUCCAACACAUGUACCGCUGUGCUCGAGUCCAGGGCCUGGACACCAGCGAGGGGCUCCUCCUUUUUGGUAAAGAACAUUUUUAUGUGAUUGAUGGAUUUACUAUGACAGCGACCAGGGAAAUAAGAGACAUUGAAACUCUACCUCCAAAUAUGCAUGAACCAAUCAUCCCUCGAGGAGCCAGACAGGGCCCGAGCCAGCUCAAGAGAACAUGCAGCAUCUUUGCCUAUGAAGACAUCAAGGAGGUCCAUAAAAGGAGGUACCUCCUGCAGCCUAUCGCUGUUGAAGUUUUCUCCGGGGAUGGACGGAAUUACCUCCUGGCUUUUCAAAAGGGAAUUCGGAAUAAAGUCUACCAAAGGUUCCUGGCAGUCGUGCCAUCCCUCACCGACAGCUCGGAGUCUGUCUCGGGGCAGAGACCAAACACCAGUGUGGAGCAAGGGUCCGGAUUACUCAGCACUCUGGUUGGAGAGAAGUCUGUGACUCAGAGAUGGGAGAGAGGUGAAAUCAGCAACUUCCAGUAUCUGAUGCACCUGAACACCCUGGCCGGCAGGUCCUACAACGACCUUAUGCAGUACCCUGUCUUCCCCUGGAUCCUCGCAGACUACGACUCCGAGGAGGUUGACCUUACGAAUCCCAAGACUUUCAGAAACCUGGCUAAGCCCAUGGGCGCGCAGACUGAUGAGCGGCUGGCCCAGUACAAGAAGCGCUAUAAGGACUGGGAGGAUCCCAAUGGGGAGACCCCAGCCUACCACUAUGGCACCCACUAUUCCUCUGCGAUGAUCGUGGCCUCCUACCUCGUAAGAAUGGAGCCUUUCACACAGAUAUUCUUACGGCUUCAGGGUGGCCACUUUGACCUGGCAGACCGGAUGUUCCACAGUGUUCGUGAGGCCUGGUACUCAGCAUCAAAGCAUAAUAUGGCAGACGUGAAAGAACUCAUCCCAGAAUUUUUUUACCUGCCAGAAUUCUUGUUCAAUUCUAACAACUUCGACCUAGGCUGUAAACAAAAUGGCACCAAGCUUGGAGACGUCAUCCUUCCACCCUGGGCUAAGGGAGACCCCAGAGAGUUCAUCAGAGUCCACCGAGAGGCUCUGGAGUGCGACUACGUCAGUGCCCACCUCCAUGAGUGGAUUGACCUCAUCUUUGGCUACAAGCAGCAGGGUCCCGCCGCGGUGGAGGCCGUCAAUGUCUUCCACCACCUUUUCUACGAGGGUCAGGUCGACAUCUACAACAUCAACGACCCACUGAAGGAGACCGCCACCAUCGGCUUCAUUAACAACUUCGGUCAGAUCCCUAAGCAGCUGUUUAAAAAGCCUCAUCCACCAAAGCGAGUGAGGAGCCGACUCAACGGAGACAACGUAGGGGUGUCUGUCCCACCGGGAGCCACGGGUGACAAGAUCUUUUUCCAUCACCUAGACAACCUGAGGCCUUCCCUCACGCCUGUGAAAGAACUCAAGGAGCCUGUGGGGCAGAUUGUGUGCACAGACAAAGGGAUUCUCGCGGUAGAGCAGAAUAAGGUUCUUAUCCCCCCGGCUUGGAACAAGACCUUCGCCUGGGGCUACGCCGACCUCAGCUGCAGACUAGGGACCUACGAGUCAGACAAGGCAGUGACAGUCUAUGAAUGCUUAUCCGAGUGGGGCCAGAUUCUCUGCGCCGUCUGCCCCAACCCCAAGCUCGUGAUCACGGGCGGAACCAGCACGGUGGUGUGUGUCUGGGAGAUGGGCACCUCCAAAGAAAAGGCCAAGCCCCUCACGCUCAAGCAGGCUCUCCUUGGCCACACCGAUACCGUCACCUGUGCCACCGCAUCACUGGCCUACCACAUAAUUGUCAGUGGGUCCCGAGACCGAACCUGCAUCAUUUGGGACCUGAACAAACUGUCUUUUCUAACCCAGCUCCGAGGCCACCGAGCUCCCGUUUCUGCUCUUUGUAUUAACGAGUUAACAGGGGACAUUGUGUCCUGCGCUGGCACAUACAUCCACGUGUGGAGCAUCAACGGCAACCCCAUCGUGAGUGUGAACACGUUCACGGGCAGGAGCCAGCAGAUUGUCUGCUGCUGCGUGUCUGAGAUGAAUGAAUGGGACACCCAGAAUGUCAUAGUGACUGGACACUCGGAUGGAGUGGUCCGGUUCUGGAGGAUGGAAUUUCUACAAGUUCCUGAAACGCCAGCUCCUGAGCCUGUGGAAGACCCGGAAGUGCAGGAAGGCUGCCCCGAAGCGCAGAUAGGGCAGCAAGCCCAAGAUGAAGACAGCAGUGAUUCCGAAGCAGAGGAGGCCAGCGUCAGCCAGGAUCCGAAGGAUGUGCCCAGCCAGCCCGGCAGCACCAGCCACAGGCCCCGGGCAGCCUCCUGCAGAGCGACAGCCACCUGGUGCAACGACAGCGGCUCCGAUGACUCCAGGCGAUGGUCGGACCAGCUCAGUCUCGAUGAGAAAGAUGGCUUCAUAUUUGUGAACUAUUCCGAGGGCCAGACCAGAGCACAUCUUCAGGGGCCCCUCGUCCACGCCCACCCCAACCCAACUGAGGCCCGAAACUACAGCAGAUUGAAACCUGGGUACCGGUGGGAGCGGCAGCUGGUGUUUAGGAGCAAGCUGACGAUGCACACGGCCUUUGAUCGCAAGGAUAACGCACACCCAGCUGAGGUCACCGCCUUGGGUGUCUCCAAGGAUCACAGCAGAAUCCUCGUGGGUGACAGUCGAGGCCGAGUGUUCAGCUGGUCUGUGAGUGACCAGCCCGGCCGUUCUGCCGCUGACCACUGGGUGAAGGACGAAGGUGGCGACAGCUGCUCAGGGUGCUCCGUGCGCUUCUCCCUCACGGAAAGACGACACCAUUGCAGGAACUGUGGGCAGCUCUUCUGCCAGAAGUGCAGUCGGUUUCAGUCCGAAAUCAAGCGCUUGAAGAUCUCAUCCCCCGUGCGUGUCUGUCAGAACUGUUACUAUAGCUUACAGCAUGAGCGGGGGCCAGAAGAGGGACCUCGAAACUGCCGAGACUGAGGGGCCGGACAAGAGACCAGAGCCUGGGGAGCUCUUUGGGCCCCGCCAUGGCUCCAAAUGCACUGAGGCAGUGUCCGUUUACACAUCUCUUCACACUGAGUGUUGGAAGUGUUGAGUUCAAAGGGAUCAUCGGAUCACGGGUUCCGAGGCCAGUGACCGGCAGGCACUAUGCAGCGAACAGCACAAGAACUACUCAAGGUGAUCCCCAGGAGCGUCUCAGAGCCCGAGUCUCCCGUAGCAGAGCCGUCUCCAGAGCGAACUCCGCGCUCCUGACUGUCUUUCUUGCAUCUCAUUUUUAUAGAGCUUUUCAUCCUUAUUUGGAAAAAUCAACAAAAACUUAAAAAAAAAAAAAAAAAGGCUUCUAGAAAACGGUUGUAAAUCUGACUUCUUUGCAAGCAGCUGUGUAUAUUGUAAAUAGGUAGAAAGGCCUUUUUUUUUUUUUUUUCUUCCUAAAUAAGGACCUAAUUGCCUGUAACAUGAGAUUUCAAACUAAGCCACUAACUCAAUGAACUAUUUAAGGUUUGUCUAACAUCUCUCAGUUAUAAAUAUGGGUUGUUUUUUUUUUUUUUUUUUUAUCCUCGGAGACAUUAUCUGUAAUGUUUUUGUUUUUUUUUUUUUUUCUCCUGUUCAAACCACGCCUGUGUGCCUGAUAUCAUUCUUUAAAGUUGCCCACAGUAUCUCCACUUAACAUAGGCUAGUAACCAAAAUACCGUAGCCCUGCUUCAGGGGCUAGUGUGGGAGAAAAGACGGCUGGUCAAGAAGUAGCCUGCAAAUACCCGAGCAUCCGUUUCCAGCUGUAUACCGCCACAGUGUUCUAACGGGACACCCCUUUCAUGGAUCUGUGGGCUGCAUGGUCUGAGCACACCUCAGCAUUGCAGAAAAAGGGGGUCGUGACGGGUGGCAGGCGGGAUCCAGCCCUGCCUCGGUUAAUGGAAACAUAUUUGCAUGUUACCCCAAAUUAGCUUUUCUGCAUAGACCGUAACAAGUGUGUGUCUUUGGGGACACUGUGUUCUACUACAGCUUAUUUUCAAAAAAGGGUAAAAAAGUGUACAGAAUUAACAUUUAAACCUUGUUAAAACUGGAUGUCAGAAGUGCUUAAAAUGAACCUUUACCAUUUAAUGCCAUCUACCUGAAAACAGUCAGAUUUAUACUGUAUUGAUGUCUAUUUUUUUGGUUUUGCUAUGAAUAUAAUUACAGUAUUUUAAUAUUUAGUUAUUUAAUUUGUUCUACUAGUUGGAUACAGAACACACAAAUUCAGGAGGAUCAGAGCUGCUGGGGGCUAAGAGAUAAGUUUAUAGAGAAAUGGCUUUGGUGGUGGGAUUUUUUAAAAUGUGUGUUAUGUACAUAAAUAUAAAUAAAUAUAUAUAUAUGAAAUCAAAACAAUCUAGAUUUUAACAUUUUCAGAUACUUAGUACUAAUACUAUGAGCAAUUCUAAAAGCCCUGUGAUAUGAAAACCAUAGGAUGAUCACUAAUGACCCAAGAAAGUAAGGACAGGCCUUGGCACCCUCAUGGAGGGAUGGAUCAUGCAAAGGACAGUGGCUUUGGCUUCCCCAGCUCUCCAUCUUUAGCCCUGGUGACAGGCACACUUAUGCACUAAAAUGCACAUAUAUGCACACGUGUCCAGAAACAGGCAUUUGGUACAACAGUGACCUUGUACCUGAUGGGCUGAGCAGCUGCAGAACAAACUUGUUCUUCCUGAUAGGCGGGUCUCCAGGAGAAACCGAGAAGGCUGCUGUAGUGCCUUAUGCUUCCUAAAUUGAGACCUUGCUUUCAAGGUUUCAGCCUCCAGUCUGAUACAUAUCAAAAUUGACUCAAACACUUCCAUUUCUAAACGCUCAGAUACUUCAUGUGAGUAGAAGGAUUGUCGGCAUUAAUGCUUUCCGCUUGAAGAGUUGCUUUGUUUUCCCUUCUGCGUCUCACGCCCCGCCAUCUCCCCACCACAUCUCCAGAAGGACGCUGGUAUUCCUCAGUUGCAGAAACUGUGCUUCUGCCUGGUGGUGGGCUGGCCCUGUCUGCCCCUGGAUGCUAUGUAGCAGUGUUCCUCCACACGGUUCAGAAGCAGCGCCCUCCCUUACCCAGACCCAAUGGCAGAGGUGUUUUCAAGACUUGAAUGUAGGAGUGUGUGCGUAGCCACCUGAAGCUUGUUCCUCUGUCUGACCUGAAGUUCAAUGGGAUGAGCAUGUAAAUUUCCCAACGCGGCUUCCUUAACUAAGGCGGAAACCAAACCCCUCACGAUAGUAUUUCCUCUGGCAGCUGGUGCUGUGGGCAACUUUUUUGUUCCAUCAGGUCUUGGUUUUUGUUUUCUUUUCACUUCUGCAGAAGUCACACAGGGCAGGGCACUCAAUGUCCUUUGGCUCGUUGCUUUUCUGGUUUAUCCCCGUGUUCUGUGCCAAUCUGCUUACCAACAUCCAUCGUGUGUGUCCACCUUCUCGUCUGUGUUCUCUUUCUGAGUACCUCACAGGGCUCCAGCCCGAUCUCUGCUCAUCCUUCCCCCCAUCCAUCCACUGUUCAUCCAUGUACUCAGCACAUCAGUGUGUAACGUGCAAGUGUAAUGUCAUGCUUUUGAAGAUGAGAGGGAGCUGCCCGUGGCAGCCAGCCCUAUGGAGGGUAGCAGAACGCUCUAGACAAGUUAUUUUGCACUUUCUUAUGUAUAAAGGUGGUAGAAACUUAUUUUUGCUUUGUAUCAUUUAAAUACAUUUUGUUUUUGGUAAACAGUGUAUAAAAUAUUUAUGCUGUUAAAAAAAACCUUUUUAGAAAGUAUUUUUCGUUUCAGCAAGUUCGGUUACUUGUUGCAUGACCAUUAACACAGCUGACUUUUUGUGUCAGUGCAAUGUAUAUUUUUGUCCUGUUAUUAACUUGUAAGCCCCAGUAAUGGCCAAUUAUCUGUACAGCAACAGAAGGAAAUUGAAGAUGCCGGCUAAGACUGGAUUGAUUGUGGACCUUUGUACUAUAUUGCAGAAUCCAAUCUGUUUCUCUGGUGGUUUAUGUCAAGGCCUGAAGACUUCCUACCUAGUGUGCAAUCUGUGAUUCUGAGUGUUCAUUGUAUCUCUGUCUGAUGCAAAAAGGUAGACAGUUGCAAUCCAUGAUUAAACGCAAUAGUCCAGGUACUUAAGUAUUUUUUUCAUUUCAAAUAAAUACCUAUUUACCACAA